AUGGCGGCAUCACUAAAUGCUUCAGUCACGUCUCUCCAAUCCUCUCUACAACUUCUCGACUCAUCUAUCUCCACUCUUGAAUCUGGUGUUAGUGACUUUCCUCGACUGUGCAAGGUCCUGCAAACAACCCGACACUUUGAACUUCUUCCCGAGCCUACGCUCCGCGAAGCACAGCAAUCAUUACUUGACGAAAUUACUCCCAGCAUCGGACACUUGCUAUCAUUAGCGUCAAACCACGUUGAAAAGCUCUCUCGUCGCGAACAAGCUCUCCGAGCAAAAGCUGAGCUGCAGGAAGGCAGAAUGUACUCCAGCGAGAGCCGCCAAACCUCAAGCCGUAGCCAGAAUGCCUAUGGGGAUCGACAAAAGGCUAAUGCUGCUAAAGCGGCGGAGUUCAGGCGAUUGGUACAGAAGAAGGAACGGCUGAAGUAUGCUGUCGAGAGAUUGGAGUUGCAGAGUAAACAGCGCGAACGUCAGUUGAGAAAGAGUAUGGCCGCCCAAUAA